AUGUGUUACAUCACCUCCUACCUGCUGGCUUCCCUCAGAAACAAUGCCUCCCCCAGUGCCAAAUACAUCAAGAAGAUUCUGGAUAGUGUCGGCAUCAAGGUGGAUGACGACCGGCUCAACAAAGUCAUCUGCGAGCUGAAUGGAAAAAAAAAUAUAUUGAAAAUGUCACUGCCCAGGGGGAGUGUCAAGCUGGUGGUCAGCAUGCUCACUGGUGGGACUGUGACUGUCUCUGCUGCUCCAGGAUCUGCAGCUCCUGCUGAUGGUUCCAACACAGCCACAGCAGUGGAGAAGAGAGAUGACAAGAAGUCAAAGAAGUGGGACGUUGAUAUGGGAUCUGGAUUGUUUCAUUAG